AUGCCUCGCGACGAGGAUGACGAAGACGCGCUAUUAGGCCAGCUGAAUGGCCUGAGUGUGCUCGGUAUUGGUCGACGAGCUCCACCUGUUGAUCAGCCGCCGCCUGUUACUUCUGAAAUGGGCGGUUCAUCGCCCGUACUUCCUGAACGAGUGGUUUACCCGUUUGAGCCUCCCUGUUCCCCCACCGCUUUCCAAGAGCAUCCGACCGUUAUCCUUGUACCAGGUGGCGGUGAAGGCUCUUCCAAUCCAUCUGUCUGCACACCACGAACCUCCCCCGAUGAACCUGCCAAGAGGAAGCGGACGACAUACACCCAGCAGCGCUUGUGGGGCGCUCCACCACCUCGGAAACCGGAUGUUCCACGAAGCGCUCCACCACCACCAUCCUCCCCAGCCGUGAAAACUUCGGACGCGGAUGCAGAGUUUGCAUUGAUGAAGCACCGGUUCGACACCGACUGGUCGAAGCGGUUCUCGUGGCUGCGGCUUCACCGCAUGAAAAACGGUAGGCCGUCUGUCAAAUGCUCGGUCUGUGUGCUAUUUGGGGAUCCCAACGCUAACACGAGCUACGGAAGCCGAGGUGAGGGUGGUAGAGAUUUGCAGCUUGGGAGCAUGCGUGCACACAUCGUCAGCACGGCUCACAAGGCGGCGCUGAAGGCAGAAAGCGAGGCUGAAGCUGCUAAGGCGCGGCAGGUGACUCUCUCUCGGUGGCAGGCAACGGAUUCUUCGACACGGCAUCUCAUACGAUGUCUCCACAUCGCCCAUUUCGUCUGCAAGAAAGAUGCACCGAUGGCGCUUUUCGUUCCACUCUGCUGGUUCCUCGCCAAGGAGGGCCUUCCCGAUCUCCCUCCAAACGGAGGGUACGGAUCGUACUACACAGAGUGA